GACGCCUGAGCAGGAGGAUGAGCUCUUGUCCAUGCUGGGUUCCUGCUGUCGCCUCACUUGGCACCUUGGUGCUCUACUCCCUCCUCCUGCUGCUCCUUUACGUCUUGCUCAGCAGGAAAAUCGCCCAACAUUCCUGCGGGAUGAAGGCCAGCAGCAGCCCCGGGGGUCGUCCCAGCCCUGCCCCCAGCCCAGCUCCACCCUCGUCACCGGGAGGGGACCAGGCACAAAACCCCGGGGCACAAAACCCCGGGGCACAAACCCCACCAGCAGCCUGUGCAGGGAGCAGUGACACAUCCUCGGACACCUCGGAGGACUCGGACAGCCCCUCCUGCCCUCAGGGCCGUGGCUCAGCAGAAAAUAUCAAUUACACAUCCCUGGUGUUCCCAGGGAAGGGCCCCGCGCCGGGCUCUGCCCGGGACUACGAGAACGUGAAGGCCGGGCUGGAUUACAUCAACGUGGACCCAAAGAGGAGGAAAAUGCACUUCUGGCCCUUCUCCAGCCCCAGGGCAUCCAAGGGCGUGGAGUACACCGAGGUGAAGCUGUGACACCGAGGCGAAGCUGUGACACCGAGGUGAAGCUGUGACCCUGAUGUGAAGCUGUGACCCUGAUGUGAAGCUGGCACACCAGGGUGACUCUGUGACACCAGGGUGAAGCUGGCACACCCGGGAGCAGCCGCUCAGAGGUGCCCAGAGCCCCCAGCAGCUGCACAGCUGGCACUGUCCCCUUCCCCUGGGGCGCUGCCUGGCACGGGCUGCCCCGCUUGUACCACCCGGCCCCGCAGGCACGGAUUCCUCGGCGCUCUCCUUAAAGGCAGCUCUGUUCCUGCGCGCUGCGGGCUCCUCCCAGCCGGGCUGGAGUCAGCUCUGCAUUUCUGUCACAGCCCUGUCCCCCUCGUUUCGUGAGAGAAAAGAAACAUCCCCCCCUCCCCUCUCAAAAUGGGCAGUCCGGGGAGAUGCAGGGAUCCCCGAAAUCUCCUCUGAACUG